UUGGCAUCAAUAUUUUAGUAAAUGGUAAAUUAUUUUGGGUCUUUUGGAAUUGGAAAUUUAUUUUCUUUAACUAACUAUCUUUUUCUUUUUUUUGGUUGGGCUGUUCACUUCUUUUUUGGGCUUUAUGGUUUUUUUGUUUCUUUCUUAUUAUGCCAUGCUGUUCCAUCAUUUUUUUCCAUCACUAUUUCAUCUCCUAUCAUUCUUUUUCUAUCUCCAUUUUAUUCCAUAUAUUCUUUCAUCUCCAUUUCGUCCUAUAUCAUUUUUUCUAUCACCAUUUCAUUCUACACUGCUUUUUCAUCAUCAUUUCGUCCUUUCAUCGCCAUUUCAUCUCCUAUCAUUUUUCCCACCACUAUUUCGUCACCUAUCAUUCUUUUUCCAUCUCCACUUUGUUCCACAUUAUUCUUUCAUCUUUCAUUCUAUUUCAUCCUAUCUUUUUUUUUCAUCGCAAUUUUGUUCUAUAUCACUUUAUCAUUAUCAUUCGUUCCUUUUAUUUACCAUUUUGUCAUAUCAUUAUUUCUAUCACCAUUUCACUUUAUAUUACUUUUUUAUCAUCAUUUCAACCUAUACUGUUCCUUUAAUUACCAUUUCGUCUCCUAUCAUCUUUUUCUACCACCUUUCGUUCUAUAUUGCUUUUCAUCAUCAUUUCAUCCCAUAUAUACUGUUCUUUUCAUUACUAUUUCGUCUGAAUCGUCUCCUAUUGUUCUUUUCCAUUACCAUUUUGUUUUAUAUCACUUCAUCAUUAUCAUUUCGUCUCCCUUAAUCACCAUUUCAUCCUAUAUAUCACAAUUUCAUUCUAUAUUGCUUUUCAUCAUCAUUUCAUCCCAUACUGUUCUCCUAUUGUUCUUUUUUCAUUACCAUUUCAUACUAUUGUUUCUUAUUACUCUUUUUGUUCUUUAUUGUUCUUUCUUAUUCCUUAUCACUUAUUUUGUCCAUUAUUAUUUAUUUGACUGGGGUGUUCUCAAAAAUUAAAGAUGUACCGUGUACGCAAUUUUUUAGUCGU